AUGGCCACCAAGUUCCUCAAUUCCAACCAAAAACUCUUCAUCCUCUCUCUGAUACUCCUCUCUUUAUCCUUGAUGAUUCUUCUUGUAUUUUUCGGGUCAAAGUAUAGCAUUUUCGAUACGGGUAAAGCCCAGAUCGAGCCUCAGGUGUUCACAUAUCCUAGGUGGUUUGAUCUUAUUAAAGAAGAGAUUGAUGGGAAGAAGAUUAAGGUUGGUUUGGUUAAUUUCGGUGAUGAAGAGCCUGCGUAUAGAGUGCAUGGAUCAGGUGUCAAUACUGUUCACGUACGUUUUGACCGUGUAUCCGAGGCUAGCAAAUGGGUGGAUUUUUUCCCGGAAUGGAUUGAUGAAGACCAGAAGUCAGGCCCGCCGACGUGUCCAGAGAUCCCUAUGCCACGGUUGGAGGAUUAUCGGGACCUCGACGUCGUGGUGGCUAAGGUACCGUGCGAUGGGUGGACAGGGAAGUCAGGGUUGAGGGAUGUGUUCAGGUUGCAAGUUAAUUUGGUGGUGGCUAAUCUUUUGGUAAGGAGUGGUUGGGUCAUGGAGCCUGAUGUUAAACGGCCUGUGUACGCAGUGUUUGUCGGCGACUGUGGGCCCAUGCCGGAGAUAUUCAGAUGUGAUGAUCUAUCGAGUAAGCUAGGGGAUCAUUGGGUGUAUAAGCCUGAACUGAGGAGGCUAAAACAGAAAGUGGUCAUGCCUUUAGGGUCAUGCCAAAUUGCUCAACCAUAUGGGAUAACAGGUAAGGAGGCUUGGAGAUAUUAUUCCUUGCCAAAAGAAAAGCGAAAGAAAUUGAAAUACAGUACAUUCAAUCAAAGGGAGGCCUAUGUAACAAUUCUCCACUCUUCGGAAGCUUAUGUUUGUGGUGCAAUAGCUUUGGCACAGAGCAUUAUUUUAGCCAAUUCUACUCGAGACCUACUCCUCCUUCAUGAUGAAAACAUUUCCCCCAAGUCCUUGACAGGGCUCAGAGCUGCAGGGUGGAAAACCAGACAGAUCGAUCGUAUCCGGAGCCCUUUUGCCCAAAAAGGUUCUUACAACGAAUGGAACUAUAGCAAACUCAGGAUAUGGUUGCUAACAUGGUAUGACAAGGUGGUUUUCAUCGAUGCAGACGUUCUAGUUCUCAAAAACAUGGAUAACCUAUUCAUUUAUCCUCCACUGUCAGCUGCUGGCAAUGAUCAAACUUUGUUCAACUCGGGAAUCAUGGUGGUCGAGCCAUCAUUGUGUAUGUUCGAAGACUUGAUGGUGAAAAGUUUCCAGGUGGAUUCAUACAACGGAGGGGACCAGGGAUUUCUAAACGAGGUCUUCACAUGGUGGCACAGGUUGCCUUCCAAGGUGAAUUUCUUGAAGGUUUUUCAAAGGAAUGGGAGUCGAGAAAACAUCCCUAAUGACCUUUCUGCAAUACACUAUCUGGGGUUGAAGCCAUGGAUGUGUUACAGGGACUAUGACUGCAACUGGGACAUGAAAGAAAGGCAGAUUUUCGCCAGUGACAAAGCUCAUGAGAAGUGGUGGCAAGUCUAUGAUGCAAUGCCUGAGAACUUGCAGCACUACUGUGGGCUGACUGAGAACAUGGAUUGGAGGAUAAAGAAAUGGAGGAAAAUUGCUAGGAACCUCAGGCUUCCUGAUGAACAUUGGAGGAUUGGUGUAACAGAUCCUAGACAGCAUAAUUUUGUUCAAUAA